GGACCUAAACAAGUGGCUUCCGUUUCUUGUUAGAGACAGAAAAUACAAAUGCCACACCUUUGCUGGCAAUACAAUUGUGAUAAGAGACAAAAGAGUUGGCAUUGAUAGACAAGAAUAUUCGUAGAAUUUUUUACUCAAUUCAACUGCUCCACGCAAUUCAACUGCUCCAUUCCCUAUAUUUUUAAAAUUUUCUGGUCCACCUCGUCUACAAUGUUUCCUCUCUCUUACCAUUUUCAUUUUCCAAAUUACACCUCCUCGAAACAACCCCUUUCUCUCCCCACUCUAAUUAGUAAUUUCCAUAUCUAAAGGACCCUCAAACCCCUAUCCACACCCGUAUCCGAAUCUAAACGGCAAAAACCCGCCACCAUUUCAAAGUCAUGGCAACCACAACCGCCAACCCUCCACCACCUCAACCCGACCCGACCACCCAAAGCACCCGUCUCCAAGAAAUCAAGCAAUUCGAUGAAUCCAAAAUCGGAGUCAAAGGCCUAGUUGACCGCGGCCUACCCGCCAUUCCCUCCUUCUUCAUCCACCCCAAGCCAGCCGAACUAAACCCGAAAGACCCGAAUAACAGACCCGGCACGAAGCCCACCAUCCCCGUCAUAGACUUCUCCUCUUCCAGGUCGACGAUCGUUGACGAAAUCCGGCGAGCAUCUUCUACACUGGGGUUCUUCCAAAUCAUCAACCACUCCGUCCCAGUUGCCUCAAUCAAGAAAAUCUUGGGUUCAAUUCAAGAGUUUUACGAGCUGCCGGAAGAUGCAAAAAUGGAGUAUUACACCAGGGAUAUGUCACGUGGAGCGGCUUAUUCCACAAAUUUCGAUCUCUACCAAUCAAAGGCCGCCAGCUGGAGGGACACCUUCCAGAUGGGCUUGGCGCCAAACCCGCCGAAAUGGGAGAACGUGCCGUUCAGCUGCCGGGAGACAGUGGCGGGAUGGGACAAAGAGGUGGUGAAAAUAUCCGAGGAAGUUUUGGAAAUCUUAUCUGAAGGGUUGGGACUGGAAAAGAAGGAUAAAUUGAAGGAAUUGUCAGACGGGAGAGUUAUGGCUGCCCAUUACUACCCGUACUGCCCGCAGGCGGAAUUGACGGCUGGGCUGACGUCACAUACUGAUCCGGGGCUGCUGACCGUGCUGGUGCAGAAUGAAGUGCCCGGGUUGCAGGUCAAAGUGGGAGAAGAUUGGGUGGACGUGGUGCCUGUAGAGGGCGCAAUUGUGUUUAACAUUGGGGAUAAUCUUCAGAUAAUGUCGAAUGAUCAAUACAAAAGCGUGGAGCACAGAGUGUUGGCAAACCCUCUCCGAGAUUCUCGUGUAUCUGUUGCUGUUUUUCUGAAGCCAAGCCUUAGUGAUCAGCUGUGUGGACCUUUUCCUGAACUUGUAUCUGCUGAAAAACCAGCUGUUUACAGGCAGUUCACACUCUCUGAUUACAUGGGAAGAUUUUUCUCCAAGGAGUUGGAUGGCAAGACGCUGACAAACUACUACAGAAUUUGAAACACAAGAAUCAGCUGUACAUUGAGAAAAUAAUCCAUUUGUAUACCACAUAUUCCUAGGAGCAAAAUUAAGACAUUAAGAAAAUAAUCCAUCUGCCAUACGAUGGUGUAAAUUUCUGUCUUACAAGGUAUACAUGCAGAAAGAUGUUCCAAGACUUGGAUGAGAUACAAUUGUCUUUAACAUUCGUGUUUAAUUAAUGUGAUCUCCAAUUACAACCACUUGAUGUAUUGUCUUGUCACA